AUGUAUGUGACUCUCGAGAACUCACAGCAAGUGGUGGCGACAGCGGAUCUCGUGGAUGGACUCUACUGGCUUCGGACGACUCAACGAUCAGCGAAUGUGACAACAAGUGGAACCAGUUGUGCCGAUCUACAUGCGAGAAUGGGUCAUGCUCCAGUCGAUGUACUUCGCAAGAUGAUCGCGACCAACAUGAUCAAGGAUGUGCGAGUCCCUCUCAAGUCGGGUGGAGCAACUACAUGUCGAGGAUGUCAACAAGGGAAAAUGGUCCAAAAACCAUUUCCAAGCAACCGAGACAAGCGCAGCUACGAUACGUUUGAGCUACUUCAUCUGGACAUCUGCGGGCCCAUGGAAAAGGAUUCGCUCGGUGGCAGCAAAUAUUUGCUGCUGAUCAUCGACGAAGCCAGUGGAUGCAUGAAGGGCUUUUGUCUACGAGUGAAGUCCGAGAGUGAAGACUACAUCCGGAAAUAUAUCACCAUGGUACAGACGCAAUUCUGUAAGAAGGUCAAGUUCGUGCGACACGACGGAGCUCGCGAGUUUGCAACCAACUCGCUUCAACUGUUCUACGAAGACGAAGGCAUUGAACAGCAGACAACGGUGCCGUAUGCACAUCAAACAAACGGAACAGCAGAGCGUGCCAUUAGGACUAUUGUCACGAUCGGUGUAUUGUUGAUCGUGCCAAACUGGAGCGAGGCGGGCCGAAGGAGCGAACGGAGCGGAGACGACGCGAGAAAGUAG